UAUUCUUGAAAGAUUCUUUUUUUAUUUUACAUUUUACACCUCUAACAUGUAGAUGUUGAAAUUAACCCAUUCAUUAUACUUUUUGAAUUUUUUUCAUAAAAUUGCAAUAUUAUUUAAAUGAAACAUUUUAUUACAAAAAGAUAUUAGACAACAAAAAAUUAAAACAAAGUACCAUUAUCUAACAAUCAUUAUUACUAAAUUUUUCCCAUAAAUGAUCAAUUAAUGCAUUCCGAAGUGAGAAAUGAUCACACAAAGAUAAUAUCACAUUGUAGGUACUAGUGCUUUUUUUUUCUAAAGACUAUUUUCUAAAGACUAUUUUCUAUUUGAAUGUCUAUGUUUAAUAAUCACACAAAGAUAAUAUCACAUUGUAGGUACUAGUGCUUAGCAUCAGAAAUUCUUUAUAUAUUCAAUUUUUCUACAAGUGCUUAGCAUCAGAUUCUUUAUAUAUUUUGAUUCACACAAUAAAAAGCCAAUCAAAUCAUUGACUAAACUUCAAGCUGCAGUAGUUAAGCUGAACAAAGCACUGACAGUGUUAAGUCAAACAAUGCACACAAACUUCCAGCUACAACAUUUAAAAAAUCUAUGAAUGGGAUUGCUCAAAAAAAAAUUAGAGUUCUAGGUCAAACCAUGCAAAUAUACGUUGGGCAUAUAUAUUUUUUAUAGCUAGGUUUACUGCCCCAACAAUAAUUGAAACAUGCAUUGGUGCAGCUAUUAACUAUUACAAGGAAAGACUAAAAUAAACAUGCAUUGGUGUAAAUUAUUUUUCGUAACCCCAUAAAAUUGUGUUAUCUUGUCCUAUAAAUACCAUCAUAGACACAACAUUUGUAUUCACAACACUAAAGACUUCUAUAAUAUUUACACUUAUCAAAAAAUGUCCCGCUCUUCUGGAUAUUCUUGUGAAGAAGAUAAGUUUUUAUGUCACAUAUAUAUGCAAAUUUCUCAAGAUCCAAUUCAAGGUGUUUAUCAAUCAUCCGAUCAAUUCUGGGGUCGUGUGGUCGAAGCUUACGACAAUGGAAAAGAUGCAAUGUGGAGUGACCGGUCCAAAAAAUCAAUUCAAUCCCGGGUUCAAACCAUUCAAAAAGCAGCGAAAAAAUUGCAUGCAUGCAUAAAACAAUGUGAAAAUAGACGUCCAAGUGGUGCUUCAAGUGAUGAUAUUGUAAGUAUUAAUUUUUAUAUUUACAUAUAUUUUUUUGGAUAAUUUUUGUAUGAAUAUUUGAAUGUUUUUUUUAAAUGAUAAUGCAGAUUAAUCAAGCCAAAUUAAUGUUAAGAGAAGAUCCAAUGUUUAAAGGAGGUUGGAAAUUUGAGCAUGUGUGGGACAUUAUUAAAAAUUUUGAAAAAUUUCAAGAUGGUGUUGCCCAUGCCAAACGAUUCUCUAAUCCAUGUGGUGUUGAGUACACAUCUUUAGAAUCAGAUAAUCUCAAUCUUGAUUCUCCAACUCAAGCAUCACCAAAGUUAUCUUCUUCUUCACUAAACUUAAAUGAUGAGUGUGAGAAUAUUAGUGGAUCUCCCUCUUCACGACCACUUGGAGUAAAGAAAUCCAAAAUGAAGCGAAAAAUUGAUGAUCAAACCAAUUUGGUUAUCAAUACACUAGAAGGAGGAAAUAACCAAUUCAGGGAGCAACUAAAUAAGUCAAGUGAACAAAGACAACAACACUUGGAGAUUCAAAGACAAAAUUAUGCUUUGAAAGAGAUGAAAGAAGAAAACAAAAUUUUAUUUUGUGACUUAAAUUCCAUAGAAGAUCCAAAUGUUCGUGAACAUUUUCAAGCAGAGAAAGCACGGAUUUUACAAAAGCGCAGUCACCAGCAACAAAAUCAACAAAUUCCUCCUCCAUCAACAUCGUUUGGGCAAUAUUUUAACAAUCUUUGUGGAUCCGGUAGUAAUUUACCAGAGUAUUAAAUUGUUUUAAUAUGUUGUAUUGAUUAAUAUUUAAAUAAAAAGUCUUUGACUUUUAAAUAAAAUAAUAUUUUUUAAAAUUAUAAUUGACUUUUAAAUAAAUAAUAAUAAUUUUUAUUUUGAUUAUAACAGCAGUUAUUAAAAUUAAUAAUUAGUAUAUAAACAAAAAAGUGUGAUUUUAUAUGUAAGAAUUGUAUUUCUUUCAUACACAAGUAUUUUAGUUACAAUCAUAAGAAAUUAGAGGACUACUUUGUAAAUAAAAAAGUUUGCCUCUGUUAUAGAGGAAUGCUAUUUUUUCCCCUAUAUAUAGAGGAAAAAAUAGCAAUCUCUAUUUUAGGGGAAAAAAUAGAGAUGGGUUGGAGCUGAUUUUACUCUAUUAUAGCAUUUAGAGGCAAAUAUAGAGAUGGGUUGGAGAUGCUCUUAUAGAACUUGUGAGCGGCAAACGCAUUCCACCGAACCAUGUAGUGUCCCUGAAAGUUAUUUUGUUUUCAUUUUUUACUUUUUUGUCAUCUUAAUAUGAGACCAGUGAUGAAUGUUUCAAUAUUUCAGGCUUUUGAUAUCAUUAUGGAGAAACAUGCGAUGCUACUCAUGGAUUCAUCACUUGAAGGGAGAUUUGAGAAUGAAGACGCAACUAAACUUGUUAAUCUUGCUUCAAAAUGCCUUCUAAACAACCCGGAAGAUCGACCUGAUACUAAAUCUCUCGUCUCUGCAGCAGCACCGCUACAAAAGCAGGAAGAGGUUAAAGAAUCAUAUAAACGAAUACUCAAUAUUUUCUUGUACCAAAUAAUUAAUUUUUGUGUUUAUGUUUAGAUUUCAUCUUAUUUCUUGAUGCUUCUGCCUAAGAGUACUGUAAUGCAACCAACCAUGCUUUCUCCUCUCAGAAAGGCUUGUUCUCGGAAGGACCACUCGGCUGUAUACGAGAUUUUGCUUAAAACUGGUUACAGCGACGAAGGAGCAGAGAGUGAUGUACUUGGAGACAAAUCAUUAACCUAGCUUAUUCUUCCAUUUGGUUUUUCACGUUCUAAUAUUGUCUCACUUUGCCUUCACAGCAUCUGGUGACACUAGAAAACCAGGAACUGGUUCAAACAAAGAACUUGGGAGACAAUGCUUUCAGAGACCAGGACUUCAUUAACGCGAUUAAAUAUUAUUCAAAGGUACUCAAUCCGUUUCAUAUACAUCGUCAAUUCUGCACUUUAAAAUUUUUUUUAUUCUAAAAUUUUUUUUGUAUUAUUUUUUUCAGUUUUAUCCAUAUUCUUUUAUUUCCAUAAUUAUCAAACUAUAACAAAUAAAUACAUUAAUUAGAAACAAAACAGAGCAUUUAGGAGUGAUUGGUAAGUGUUGUAACUUUAUAUUUUUGGUUGUAAAUUUAAUUUGUAGAUUUAAUUGUUGUAGCUUUUUUUGCUGUAGCUUUCUAAUAUACUAAUUUUUUACUCUAGAAACAAAAUUCUCAACAUCCUUUUUUAAAUUUUUAAAAUUUUUUUUUGCAGUAAGUUUUUAAAAGAAAGUAAAGCUUGAUUGGUUGACAUAUAUGGUUUUAAACUAAAUUCUAAUUUUCUAGAGCAUCUACGUCCACAACCAAUCACCCUCUUAAUUGUAACUAGGUGGUUUCCUAUGUAUGCACAAAAAUAUUCUUUUUAAAAUAGUUUUAUUCAAAAAUUUAAUUAUAUGUCUAACCGAUUUAAAAACAAAAACUGAAAUCAUGAAUAAUUAUUUAUUUAGUUUUUCCAUUUAAUUUUAAAAUAUUUUAAUUUAUUUAUUAUUUAUUAAAGUUUUCGUUACAAUUAAGUUAAAGUGAAAAAUGUAUAUAUUUAUUUUAAAUAAAUUUAUAUUAAACACUAUAAUUUAGUGUAGACUUUGUUGUAUAUAUGUUUGGUUAAAAUAUAUUUGUCAAUUAAACUUUUUAUCAUAUUUAUCUUAAUUAAUUGUUAAUCAUACAACUGAUGCAUUUUAUAGCGUUUAAUUUCAAAUAAAUUUAAUACUUUAAAAAUCUUAAUUAAUCACAUAUUUAUGCUAAUUAGUUGAUCUAAUUAUAACUUUUGAAUAUUUAAAUUAUUAGAUAUUUACAAUUAAUUUGAUGGGAUCUAGAUAUUUAUACUAUCAGUUAUAGUAUAUUAUAAGAGUUUUAAUAAUAAUUGUGUAUAUAAUUUAUAUGUAUGGUAUGUAAAAUUUUGUCAUUAUCUUAUUUUAAGAAUCUACUUUUAUGGUAUGUAGGCAAAAAUAAUAUCAACUUAUUUUAAGAAUAUUUCUAAAAUCAAACUAUUUGUCAUUAAAGUUGUAAAUGUCAUAAUAAGAUAGAAGAUAUGUCACAUUUUUAUUAAGAUUUGUUAUCAUUAUUUUUAUUUAAAUAUCAAUGUCAUGAUAACACAUAAGUAAAGUUCUAAAAAUCAUUUCACAAAUCAAGUUUAUAAGAUUUUAAUAUGUGAAAAAGCCUUAAAAGAAAUAUAAUACGAGUAGUUCAAAAAAAAAAUAUGAAACAGAAAGAGUAAUAGAUAAAACAAAACAAACAAACAGCAGAGUCCAACAAUUAAAUAUAUAAGUGUAUUAUAUCUAAAACUCCUUGUAAACCUUUUUUUUUUGUUACCAGUUGGUGAGGAUGAUGAGCAGCAGUCCAUAUGCGACUGUAUUUGCGAGAAGGUCUUUCUCCUACUUAGUGACGGGUGAACAUGAUCCUGCGUUGGGAGACGCAAUGAAGGCUCAAUGUUGCAUACCGGGGUGGCCUACUGCGUUUUACUUGCAGGCUUUAGCACUUUGGGAGCUUGGUAUGGAGAGUGAUGCUAGGGAUAUGAUUAAUGAAGGUGCUGCACUUGAAGCUAGGCGACUACAGACUACAGAGAGAUAAGAGAGCCCUUAACCUUCUUUGAUAAUUUAUUUCAUGCAGGUGCUUCUGCUGUUCAUCCUGAACCUUCUUUCCUUGGAUAAGCAAAAACAUUAUUAAUUUAGCGAAUUUCUGUUAUUAAUUUUCUUAUUUUAUGAAUGGAUAUUUUUUUUGAGUUUUGAUAUUUUUUUUUGCUAUCUAAAAGCUAACUUUAAUUGCUUUUAUUUUCUUUGCUUUCCCUAUGAUUAUUUACUUUUUCCAUUUUUAUAAACUUGUAUAUAGUGCAUAAAAUUGAUUAUGCAACUCUGAAAACCAAUUGACAUAUCAUAAUUGUACCGGUGGAUUGAAUCAACCGGUCUAGUUUAAAUAUUUAUACUAUUAUUUGAGAUGUGAAUUUGCUUAUUUGUCAUGUAGUAAUUUAGGCUGAUUCAUUAGUUUUUUUGUCAAUUGAUUCAUUAGUUUUAAUAAUCAUUUUUAACUAAACUAAUUAAAUUUUUAAUAAAUGAUUUUAUCAUUCAUUAUUUAACUCAUUACAAAUUAAUAUUAUAAAAUUUAUCUCAAAACAAUAAAUGGAAAACAUGUUUGAAAAAAAGAUAAUUCCAUCUAUUUAUUUUGUGUUUAUCUACAUCUUUCUUUCUUUUUUGUUAAUUUUUAUAAUUAGGUAGUAUAUACACAUAUAAUAAAUUCUAAUUUAUCACUUCACUAAAAUAAUAUAAAUAAUUUUAUGAAAAUAAAAAAAAUGAUUUAUACUUUUUCAUAAACUUAAUAUGUCCUGGAAUAUUUAUUAAAAUAUUAUUUUUAGUAUUAAAAUAGGUAUUUAACCAAUAACUAUACAUUUGAUUUAUAUUUAUUUGUUAAUGAUUUUUUGUGGCAUUUUCAUUUCUAUUCAGUCGCAAGAAUAACAUUUAUUUAAUAUUUAAGUUGAAAAUUUUAAUAUUUAUUUUUUUCUUUUCUAAAAUAUUUUUCAUUGGGAAUGGAAUUAUAUUUUUAAAUAUUCUCAACAAACAUGUUUCCAAAAGAGAAUAUUUUCAAGUAUUUAUAUUUAAAAUUAACUCUGUGUACAGUGAAACCUCUAUAAAUUAAUAAUGUUGGGACUAUACCAAAAUUAUACUUUUUUAUUAAUUUAUAGAGAUAUUAAUUUAUCGAUAUAUUAAUUGAACCAAAAACUCAAUUUAGGACUAUAAAAUUAUAUCAUUUUAUAGAGAUUUUUAGUGUAUAUUAAUUUAAAGAGGUUAUACUGUACUUUUAUUUUUUUCAAGAGUUUUAAAGAAUUAUAUCUUUGUUUAGAUUGAAAUUUAGGAUUCUAAUAAAUAUAUAAAAAAAUACUUAAAAUUUUUUUAAAAAAAUUAAAAAAUAAUUUCAAACAUAAUUUUUGAUUUUUAAAAACAAAUUUUGGAAAAAAUAAUUUCGAGAAAAAUUUAUAAAAAAUUUUAAAUUUGAAAACUAUAAUUCGAAAACAUAAAAAAAAAUAUUUUUAUUUUUAUUUUAUUUAAAUAAUAAUUUAUUAUAUAUAGAGAGAGAACAAGAGUAUAAGAGUAUUUUGUCAUAUAUGUAGAGAACAAGAGUACAAGAGUAUAUUUAUUAUAUAUUGUUUUUUGAAAAUGUCCAUUUAGUGGUGGUAAAGAUAAAAAGUGGUACUAUGAAAGUGGUAAACAUGAAAUUUCCCCAAAUUUAUUUGAAAGACUAUAAAGUAAAGGACAUGUUAUUUUUAUAUUAUCAAAACUGUAUUUUUCAAAAUGAUAUGUCUUAGUUAUAAUUAUCAAAAUAUGAAAAUUAAAAGACCAUUUGAAAAUAACAAAUUAUGAUUUUAUAAUAAAUACUAUUUUAUAUGAGAAUAGAAAUAUAUAUUUAUAAAUUUAAAAAUAUAGAUUGACUGUAGCUUAUUUUUCUCUAUUAUACUAUUUAGAAAUGAAAAUAACAAUAGAUAUGUCUUAUACAUUACAUAUUAAUGUUUUGUUUGACAACAUGGUUAGUCUGUUUGAAUGUUUAUUCAGUUAUUAUGGGAUGUAUUUUACAAUAUAAUUAUAUCAAUAGUUUUAUUUACUUUGAUUAAUAUAAUAUGUAAAGUUGGGUUCGGUUUAACCUUCUUGUGUUUUUAAUUUAUUUUGAGCUUUUUUAGGUUUUGGUAAUUUCAAGAAUUUUGUUUAAUAACAUCACUUUAUAUUAAUAGUUAUAUAUUUGUUUAUUUAAUUAGAUCAUUGUGUAUAAAUUAUUAUAAUAAAAGCUGGUUAAAGAUAACAACAUAUUUUAAAAUAAAAUAUUAAUGUUGUUAUCCAAAAAUAAUUUUUUUAAUCAAUAAAAUUUAAAAUUAAGAAAUUGAAAGAUUCAUAAUUUUUUAUAAAUUUAAUGUUUUACUUUAAAUUUUUUAUUUUAAACUAAUAGUACAUUUAUUAAUAAUUAUGUAUAAAAGAAUUAUGCUCGCAUGUGCGGCAAAAUACCUAGUUUCAUUAAUGUCAAAUGUAAAAUUUAGACAUUUCCAUCAUUCUAUUCUGUUAUUUUUCUCCUUUAAAACUAACCUAAUUUACAAUAACAUGUUUUUUUUAUAAAAGGCUUAUGGGUACAAAUAUGUUUUUUCUUCUUUUUAGAUAAUAUGAUAUGAUGUACAUGUGAGUGUUUGUUAAACUACUGAAACAGAGAAAAGAAUACUAGCUUCAAGAAUUUUAAGUGUAUUUCGUUGACUGAGAGUACAUAAUUAUAUUACAGUCGUAAGAUAUAGUUGCUUAAAGUGUUACAUAUACUAUCGUAUAUAGUAUGACCAGAAAGAUACUAUCCUAAGAGUCAAUAAGUUGCUCGGUCGAAAAGUAAAGCAAAAGACAGAUCAUAGUUACAGUAGCACUAUUCCAGAUUUGACUGAGAUCUUUGGUUGCCAAACUGUCGGGGUUCUUCCUCGAUUGUUCAUGCAUAAAAAUAGUUCUAUCACCUAAUUGUCUUUCUUGAUAAGAUUAACUAAAUUGACUCCGAUCUACGAAGUAACCUAACUUUGUAAAAACUAUAUAUAUUCUUUUCAUCUUGUUGCUAAAACUAUACAAUAUUUUCGGAAUAAUAUGUUGAAAAAUAUACUAGUUAGCAAAAAUAAGAAACACGAUAUGGAAAACCAUUAGUUUUUUGGGUAAAAUGAGGACCAUUAGUGUAGUUGAUCGUUGAUAUUAUUUUUCCAAGAAAGUAAACAACUAAAUUUAGCAAAAGAAAAGUAAGUAAACAACUAAAAAAUAUUAUACGUAGUAAAUUAGAUAACUUUUCAACUUAAAAUUAAUUAGCCAUAAAUAAAACUCGUAUCAUUUAUAUAGUAAUUAGGAUCAUUACUCAAAUCUGUGUUAACUCAGACUGUCAAGUGUUGAUUACAGCAAUCUCUACGACGUCCUCUUUGGCUGAAUUCUACGGAAUAGCCAGAAUAUCGAAUAUCUGUACUUUUUCCUUAAUUCCGAGACAUUUCAAUUCGCUAGUUGAUGCAUUAGCUAAAGAUGCUCUUUGUAGUGUUUGACUAUGUUUUCCUCUCUGUUUAGAGAGAUGGUAAUGAAUUUGGUGUUAAAAAAAAACAUUCAGGAUCCUUUCAAGUUCCAACGUGAAACAUUGUUUCUGAUACUUAAUUUGAGAUAAUGACAUUUUGGUCGUAAAUCAUAGAAUAUUUAGAUAAUGAUCAAUUGGCCAGCUUUGGAUCUGAUUGAUUAAAGAUAAGAAUGGAUACUAUAGAUCAAAUUAUGAUACUAUAUUAAGUUAAAUGACUUUUAACCUAAAAAAUAAUUGAUGAUAAAUAUAUUGACUCAUAUCUCUUGUAUCUUAUAUAAUAGUUAAGAAGACAAAUGUCAUAUAUUAAUUAAUGCAAAUAAUAUAAGAUUAGUUUUGCUGGUCGAUUGUACUAGUUGCAGUCUAUUGUUUAGAUAUCGUUCUUGCUCUUUAGCGGGCUGGAUUAAUCAGUUUGGUGAAUAACAUACUGCAUCAUAAUUUUUACAUAGACUAAGUAUCGUCGUAUCGCUAGUUGCUUUUGUUGAAAACAAUAUUGCUCUUCGAUGUGUCGGUCGUUUCCUCUUCCAUUCCUUUAAUGUAGACGUGUAUGUAGUAUAUACAUAUAUAAAGCCAAAACCAUGCAAUAUCCAAAACGAUUCUUUUUUUUUUUGUGCAACAGAGCCAUAACGAUUCUAUACAUCUUGUUUUCUGUCAAUAGUUAACCUUUUAACUUUUUAUAUAUUUAGUUAGAUUUAGACAUCUGCAGUAAGAUUAAGGCCAUCUGAUAUCGCAAAUAGAAAAUUAUUAGUUGAUGAAAACAAUAUGUCGUCGGAUUCGAUCAAUUAGUCGGCGCUGUAUUGGUUACUUUCAGAAAAAUCUUAGAACACUGACAAAUGACAAUGUUCGUAUCUAAACUAGUUUCUCAGACAUUAAAAGAUAGAAAAAAAAUAAAUAGAAACGAAAAAGUAAGAAAUAGGUAGAAAAUCAGGCCUGUAAUAAUAGAUUAUGAAAAUUUGGAAAGUAAGAAAUAUUGGUUUGAUACUUUGAUUUAGUUUUUAUUUUAGAAUUAAUUAGAUAAUUAUAUUGUAAGGAAUAUUAGUAUUACAGAUGAUUGGUCAACUCAUGUCAUUAGUCGGAAGAUAUUUCAAACUCGGAUCAAACACUGUGGUACGUUUUCAGACUAGUCCACUCUGUAACAUUAAGUGCGUUCUUUCGGAGCCGACCAGUUCAGCCGAUAGGACUUAUAAGAAAACAGAAUAUUAGUAUUAAUUUGAUGAAACCUUUAUAAUUUCAUAUAUAGUCUCUUGACUGGUGAGGAUGCUCUAAAUAUAUAUAUACACAAAAAUAUUAAAUAUGAUGCAUAUGAUGCAAAUUUCUUAUUUUUAAAGAAAAUUUUUGUAACCACAUAUAUUCAAAAUAUUAAAUGUGAGGUAAAUGUUAUAUUUUAAAAGGAAAUGUGAGGCAAGCUAAGUUCAAAACACAAUGUUAGUAACCACAUAUAUUCAAAACUAUUAAAUAUGAUCAAAUGUGUUAUUUUAAAAGGAAGAUCUUAGUAACCUAGUUUCAAAAAAGAAAUAUUUUAGACCAUAAUUAACUCCAGUCUCUUAACUGAGGUUUUUAGCUUCGGGUAAGAGACGGUUCUUAGUUUUUAUUAUAUUUUGAGUAAGAAAAACUAAGAACCGUCUCUUAAAUAAGAGAUAUAAGAGCCAUCUCUUAACUGAAAAGUGUUAAAAAAUGUCAAUUUCACCACAGUUGCCCAUCGUCCCACAGUUGUUAUAUUGAAAGCGUUCUGCUAGAAAAUACGGUGGCCACCAAAGAUAAAAUAUUUUCUAUGACAAUUGGUAACAUGAUGUAUAACAGUCAAGAAGAAUCUGCAAGCGAGAGGGAUACAUGGGAAUAUACGUUGUGCAAGGUGCGGAGCCGAUGAGGAAUUGAUAAACCAUGUGUUUUUUUAGUGUCCUCCAGCACUUCAGGUUUGGGCUCUCUCAAAGAUACCAUCAAAUCCAACUAUUUUUCCAACAAGCUCGCUAUUCACAAACAUGGAUCAUCUCUUUUGGAGAGUUUUCCCGCAGAUGGAUGAUCAUCAGUUUGCAUGGAUACUAUGGUAUAUUUGAAAAGGAAUGAAUAAUAAAGCUUUUAGUAAUCUGGACAUUGAUCCUAUGGACACGCUUAAUUUGGCAAAAACAAAAUCAACACUUUGGUCUGAGACACAUAUAUUGAACGAACUGAGGAAUGUAUAACACAUAGAGGUUACGACUCUACCGUCAAUUCCAGGAAGAUGGUGUUUCUCAGAUGGUUCCUAGAAAGAGAAUGAUAUUUUCUCCGGACAGGGUUGGCUCAGUACUCUAGAAGGAUUUGAUGGGUUGUUAGGGGUGAGGAAUGUUCGGGGUAGUCUUUCACUUCUUCAUGCGGAGAUGAAAGCACUACUAUGGACAAUGGAAUGUAUGAUAAAUUUACGUUAAUUUCAGGUGACGUUCGUCAAUUUCAGGUGACGUUUGCAAAAGAUUGAUUCCAAUUGGUGAAGAUGGUUACAGAACCAGAAGAAUGACCAGUUUUUGCAAAUUAUUUGGAAGAUAUUAAGGUCCUGAAAGAAAGUUUUCUUCAAUUAGAGAUUAUCUAUGUACCAAGGACGCGAAAUACAAAGGUGGAUAGCCUAGCACGCAGUGUCAGGAAACAACCGGUUUUUGUCGUUCAUAUGGAUCAAGAUCUACCGGUUUGGUUCAGAGAGUCAGUAUGAAUAUGUAAAAAUUGAUGGAAAAAAAAUGUCAAAUCAUGAAUAUAGAAUCCCGGCUAAGAGACCGGAGUUAAUCAUACCCUACCACAUAUAUUCAAUACUAUCUGAUUAGACCUAGUGCAGUCAACACAGCUGGUCCGUUUUUUUCGUAUUUCGCAGGCUUACUUCUUUCUUUACCUACCGGUAGACGUAGUUAUCUAUGCUUUUAUAUAUUUUUUCUCCAUUUAGUUGCCUUUUUCUCUUUCAUUUUUUUUUUUGCCUAGUGUUCUCUUCAAAAGUGUAAAUACCAUUAGGGGUCAGGGUGACCCUUCCUAAAGUAUAGGGGAAUAUUCUAACCACAUCAUAGUUGCAAGUUACAAGGCUCGGCUUUUUUUUAUAGAACCACACCUGACAUUUCCAUCUCGUGAAGUCAUUCCUUUUUUUUUGUAUGUUUCUCUGACUUACACAAAUGGGAACUAAACUUUAAACUACAACUUUACAUCUUAAACAAUAACUACAUUUUGACAGAAAGCCAUAACUAUAUUUAUUUCGUCAAAGUUUCGUUAUCUCUUAUGUCUUAAAAGUUUAAAGCGAAUUUGUCUUACUCAUGCUGGCGUGGAAGAACAAUGUUAAAACCUAUUAGAGAUUGCGAACUUUAAUAAAUCUCAUUUAAAUAGUAAAUUUGUUUUGGGUACAAUAUAAAAUGCCAAAAAGCAUCAGAACCGGUUUUUAUGACCGAAAAGUUAAGUGAUAUUGGAUUCAGACUAUAAUUCCAUUCUAAAUGCCUUUGUUGUGAGAAACCAGGUCGAAAACUCGAACAUUCAAAAAUCUGUAGAAACACGGGUUUCAUAUUAAAUAUUUGAAGGAACAGAAAAAAAUAUAAUGGUGAUGACUAAUAUAAAUCUCAAAUCAAUAGCGGAAUAACAUAAAGUAUAAUAAAAGCAGAUAAAAUAUUUGGAAUGAAAAAAAAUAUGUUAAACAACAAUCACAAAGUGAUAGAAUAUUUUGGGCAGGUUAAUAAAUAUUUUAAUUAGUUUUUAACUUACAUGUCAUAUAGUAUAUAGCAAACUUGACGGUAAAUAACAAUCAAAAAGUGAUAGAUAACAUUUCUGUAGAUUAAUAGCAUGAUAUAUAGAAUUGACAUAAAAACAAAUUCAUCGUUUCAUAAAAUGAACCCUCGUAUUAUUUAGUCGAAAACUGAAUCGAUAUUAUGGGAUGGGUUUUAUCUUUAAGCGUGUGUGUGAACACGUCUAAUAGCUUUUGAGACCAGGUAGGUCCAAGUUCUUUUGGAAUUUUGGGAACUCUUUAGACAAGCAAUGUCUUUAUGUGUGCUUUCGGUGUGUCUCGUUGUUUUUCUUCUGGAUUUUAAAAUGGCAUUAUAAAAUAAUACAUAUAUAACUAAUCCCUUAAUUAAUCCACAUAUAUUAAUUAAUUAAUUAAUAUGCCCCCAUAGUUCAAACAUUGUGCUAUAUAUAUCAAAUGCUUCACAACCAUUCAACACUCUACCACCUUUGUCUUCUCUUAAUCAUUCUCCUAGUUUGAUUACUCACUAAUCACUUUUGGUUUCUUAUAUAGCUACUCUCUGAUUUAAAGUAAGAGCACCUUUUUUCCAGCCAGUGUCUUUGACCCGUCGCAAUUACCUCUGCCCUCAACUUCAAAAUAUAGGCUAUUACUCUUCGUUAUUCCCAUAUUUCUUUUCUUAAUUUUGUGUCUAUUGUUUUUCUUAAUAGUAAAAAGAGGAACUUGGGGUCAUUGCGCUGAUUUAUUUUCUAAUUGUCAUACGAUUUUUUCGGACAAUGAUCUUGUCACAAAAAGAAUGCAAUCAACGUGAGCUGCAAGCUUUUCUUAAGAACAAAUCAAGUGUCGAAAAAAGUUUUUAUUUCUGGAUUUUCAAAAUAUUUAGUAGAUUUGAUCGCUAAAUCUCUCUUGUGUCACAAGCAACAAGUGUGAAACAUGCAAAUGGGAAGUUCAUGUCUACCUCCAGGAUUUAGAUUUCAUCCAACUGAUGAAGAGCUCAUAGGCUAUUACUUGAGUAGAAAAGUCGAAGGUCUCGAGAUUGAGCUUGAAGUCAUUCCUGUUAUCGAUUUAUAUAAAUUCGAUCCUUGGGAGUUACCAGGUAAUCUAAAGAAAAACUUGUUUGAAUUAAUAUCAUUCAUAAAUUUAUAUCUAAUUUUAUCUUCUUUAAUUGCUAUCUUUGUUGUUUUAGAUAAAUCGUUCCUACCCAAUAGAGAUAUGGAAUGGUUCUUUUUCUGUCCAAAGGACAAAAAAUAUCCUAAUGGUUCUCGAACCAAUAGGGCUACAAAAGCCGGUUAUUGGAAAGCAACCGGUAAAGAUCGAAAAAUCUCUUGUAAAUCAUCUGGUGCUAUAAUCGGAUAUCGGAAGACAUUAGUUUUCUAUGAAGGUCGUGCCCCAUUGGGUGAUAGAACUAUCUGGUUUAUGCAUGAAUAUCGCCUUUGCGAUGACGAUCUUUCUCAAAAAUCACCAAAUUUCAAGGGAGCUUUUGUGUUAUGUCGUGUAGUCAAGAAGAACGGACUUAAGACCAAAACUUUGAAAAAUAAAAACGAACAAGCUAUUGGUUCAGGUUGCUCUAGCCUUGCGACCUCUCCAUGUCGAGAUCAAACGACGCAGUUUCAAUCUUUCAAGCCUUCUUUAACUACAAACGAAUCUUCUAGCAUUUGGAUUUCUCCUGAUUUCAUCCUUGAUUCCUCAAAAGAUUAUCCUCAAAUUCAAGAGGGUGUUUCUGAAUACCUUCCCAACUACCAUUUUCCAGUCAAUGGGGCGAACCACCAAAUGGAAAUUGCAGAGACUUCAUAUUUGAACAUUGAUCAAUCAAUACAAACCGGUUACUGGCCAAAUUUUGAAUACGACCAAACCGGUUCAUUCGAUUACUCAAACCUUUUCUAGGUAGAAGGAAAUGUGUGGGUUUCUUCAGGACAAAAACGCCUUUUAAUGUUGGAGUCCUCGAAGAAGAUAAAAUUGGUUUGCAUAAAUUUGGAGUCUCUUGCAUUUUAUUUUAGAAUAUAUAUAUUGGUUUUGCCUUUUUGGUUUUGAUUUUACUAAUUAAUAUAUUGUUUGCUGUGGAAUGACUAUUUUAUAUUCCUAAUUUGUUAUAUGAUAGUCUUAUUUUUUUUUUUUUUUUUUUGCUAAGAAUGUAAAUGUCAUUACUAGAAUGAAUGUUUGGUUACAAUGAUAUUGAACCAGAAUCUACUGUUAAGCCAUUCUGUUCUUAAAGGCUGCAAAAAAGUUUAAAAAGAACCUCUAAGAAACUAAAAAUUAAAUCCAAGCAAACCACCAAAGGUGAGCAUUGAAGAUAAUAAUGGUACUAGAACAAGAGACAACAUUUUAUUUCCCAAACAAACCACUUCUCAAUCGCCAGGAGGAAACGAGAGAAUAGCCAAUAGAGGGUAGAUUGGUCGGACACUCACCUGAAGGUGGCUCAAAGUGGCUUCAACGGAGGCGGCUGGCAACGGCUCCGGGGCACCACAAGAGGAGGACGCCGAGCAAACAAACCCAUAGCUAACGCGGUCAUGGACAAAAGUUCAAACCCGACAAAACACCGCUGAAGAUGAAGAGCAAAAACACUGGUCAAGCGUAGGCGGUACAAAACGCCCUCACCGGCCACGCGACCUAAAGGAUGCGGCUGAGACAUCAAGAGUAGGAACAGAAGCUACAACCGGAGGUAUGCAAGGAGGGAAAAGAGACACAAAGAGAGUUGGAGACUCUCCAUCAGCAGGCUGAACAAAAGGAGAGCAAGAGCUCGACCUCCAAGCGAGAACACCACCACGGCAGGUCGUCCUCAAAACCCUAGGCGACGGUAUCAUCAAGCGAGGAAGGUAACCACUAACUUUCGCUGUAACAAGCCAUGGUAGUUGUCUGAUGGACUAAGGGAAAGAAGUCCUCAGUGGUGAGCCUCAACACCACCUUUCACUCAAAGAGAGAGGAGAAGCUCUAGGAGACCUUGAGACAGGCCAUAGAAGAGAGCGACUGGAGCGAGACCAAUGAGCAGGACCGGCGACAGCAGCGACGCAUCACACAGAUCCGGCGGUCUCGGAUCUCAGAUCUACCAGAUCCGAGCGCAGUCGAUCCAACCAGAGCUGUUUCGAGGUCUCUGAGAGAUCCUAAGGUCGUCACACCUCGCCAGUGCUCCAGAGAAACCUAGGACUCCUUUGGUUUCGGCUAGAUCUGGAGGAGAAAUCCAGAGACACCAAGCAAAGAGGUUGAGACGAACUGAGAACCAAAACAGGGAGAGGCGAUAACCGGAAACGAGAUGCCGACGGUGGCGGAGAAGACCCACACGGCAAACUUGCCGACGAUCUCCUCCACCGGAACAGAGAUUUGAUGUUGGCGGCGCUAGGGUUAGAAAAGAAUUUGGGGGAGAGACUCUAGAGAGAAAAGCCCUUUUCUCUCUCUCUCUUAGUUU